UAUUAGCUGGGAGGUAGCACGUUAAACUAAGAGUGAAAUCUGUUCGUUGACAACUAACAGAGAAAACUGACUUGAGCCGAGGAACAAGAGUUAAUUCCAAUACUUCCUCUCAGUGAGUCAGUCGUAGGACUCUGUAACCUUUUUAAAUCAAUCAUUUGCUUUAAAUAUGGAGACCCAACAUCUCCUGGGAAACGGGCCAGCUGAGCCUCAUAUCAUGGAAAAGCUCACUGAUAUUGAGCUUACCAGCAUUGAAGCAACUGACCCCAAACCAAAGUCGUUUGCCAACAAUGUUAAUGCCAUUCUUAUCCAGGAUGAUGAUGUGGAGACACCAUAUGGUAAUAUGCAUGUAGCUGUUCAAGGUGAUCGCUCAAAACCAGCCAUUUUGACUUUCCAUGACAUUGGUCUCAAUCAUGGGACCUGUUUCCAAGGCUUUUUCAACUUCAGUGAAAUGCAGCCAAUCUUGCGGCAUUUUUGUGUAUAUCAUGUCAAUGCACCAGGUCAAGAAGAUGGGGCCCUCUUGUUAAAACCAGAACAUGAUGCCCUGGGUAAUCCUGAGUCUCUAGGUAGCAGGUUUGUUUACCCAACGAUGGACCAGUUGGCAGAAUCAAUACAUUCUGUUGUAGAACAUUAUGGCAUAAGGUCAUUGAUUGGAUUUGGCGUUGGUGCAGGGGCUAACAUUCUAGCACGUUAUGAGCUGCUUCAUCAUGACAUGGUUGAUGCCCUGGUGCUGGUGAACCCAGUUGCUACACAAGCAGGGUGGAUUGAAUGGGGCUAUCAAAAGAUGAACUCGUGGUACUUGUUUAGUGGUCAAGUAACCAGUUUCACUGAGGAAUAUCUGUUGUGGCACUGGUUUGGCAAGAAAACUCGUUGGGAAAAUCAUGACCUGAUCACUGUUUUUCGAGAUUACAUCAAAACAAUUAAUGCACAAAAUCUGGCCCUGCUUAUUGAGGCAUACAUCAAGCGUACAGAUCUUGGUAUCAUUCGAGAAAUGGACUCUAUGAGGAGAGUAUCUGCACGCACCAUCAGAUGUCGCACUUUGCUUCUGGUUGGUGACAGCUCUCCUCACAUUGAGGAAGCAGAAGAAAUGAAUGGCAGAAUGCUUCCAGAGGAAACUGAUUUUAUGAAGAUUGCAGACUGUGGUGGUAUGCCCCUUGAGGAGCAGCCUGGCAAGGUUUGUGAGGCUUUCAGGCUCUUUCUGCAGGGAAUGGGCUACGUUCCAUCAUUGAUGCAGAGCCGAAGUUCAGCUGCUGCUGCUCAUGGAUACCUUCUGCAGGCUUUGGACAAGACCCCUGUGCCAUGCUAGAGGAUCAACUGAGAAAAAUCAUCACAAACUUUCCAAGGCUGAAUAUCUUACAUUUCCCAUGCAGCUGAAGAGAGCCCAUCAGAAACAACUAGAGAGCAAAUUUUAAACUUGUUUUGAAAAGUGUUUUUUUUUUUUUUUUUAAUAAAGUUGUCAGAUAUUUUCAUUUGAAAAAAAUACUGGAUAAAUUUUGUUUUAAAAACUUAGGAGUUCACGUGCUAGUUGUAUAAAGCUAUUUUUCAUGUUCAACAGACAAUAAUUGAAAUUUCAGGCACCUUCAACUGGUUGUAUCAUUCAAAUUAAAGUAUGGAUUUCGUUGUACAUGAGCUAAGAGUCAUUCUCAUGCACUCGUAAGAAUCAUUUUUGCCUUCUUGCUCUCAGCAAUUUUUUUAAUGCCUAUUUUUGGGAUCGGAUGCCUUUUCCAAAUAUUGCCACAUUCAAAAACUUCUUUGACUGUUAAUUCUAUGCCACAGGCUUUAUUUGAAAUUUUGGUUGUAUAACCAGCUUUAUAAGAAAUGAUUCCUUCCAUUGUCAUGUAUGUUUGACAGUCCCUCAUUUUGAAAGUCUCCACAAUGUAUAUAAAUAACUGUUUAGCACAAUUUCUUUAUUCGUAUUGAUAUUCUGUUUACAUAAUCAAGAAAACUGUAAACAUCUUUCAAUUAAUUUUUGGUACUUUAUUGUAAGACAUGUCUGCAGCCUCUCUAAUAGUCGCAAAAGGUACAGUAGUUGCCACUGUUGUUGUCAUUGCUGUCAUCAUCAUUAGUAAUUAUCAAAUAACUGGCAACUACAUGUAUGUGAAACUAAUUGAAAAAGUGUUGGAAAAAACAUUACUUUUUACAUAGUUUUCCAUUAAAGCUGGGCUGUAUGGUAUAUCCAGUUUGGCAAAUGAAGGUUUACACACUUAGCUCUCACCAGUACAUUCCAUCUUUGUGUUAAAGUAGUUAGCAAUUUCUGUGCUUUUUAGUGCUGUUUGUCUUUUUCAGCGUGGUGUGUCCCUAAUGUUAAUCAAGAAUGUUUUAGAAUAAAAUGUAUCGUCAUCUCUUUAAAAUUUGUAAAAUGAAUUAUAUCUAUUACUGUUAAUAUUUCAUUUUGACAGUUUAUUUCCUAGUUUUUCGUGUAUUUUAUUUAGAAUAUUUUUUAUUGUGAAGACUGUUUUGCUUAAAGCCUAAGUGUCUUCUUGAGUUCAGCCCUUGAAACUAUAAUUCCAGAGAAUUAUCUGCUUUUGAAAUUUUCUGCAUUGUUUUGUACAUAUUUUCCUUCAGGUUGUGCAUUUAUCAUAUGUUUUGAAGCUCAAAAUUAUCUAAAUUUAGAAUUAUAUUUUGUAUGCUUUUGUAAAAUCUGCCCACUUUCAUCCCAGCUAGUUUGCCAGUCCCUGUCAGCAGAUAAAAACUGUGCAUCAGAGGAUUUUAAAAGAAAGUUUAAGUUCUGUAUCAAAGUACUACUUGUGUUCAUCACAGAAUUGUUUUUCGAGGGCAGAAUGCUCAUACACUACAUACUUUGAAUUUUACUGUGACAAAACUUAGUCCAAAUGCUCACCUGUUAGAAUGACAGUUUUGAGUACAACACCCUGCACUGGCCUAACCUGUAAUAUAUGUACUGAGGUUAGGCCAGCAGUUAGUUUACAUCGUCAACUAUAAGUUUGUGAUAACUUAUCUACAUGAGAUGAGUCCAUAGCUUUGUCAAAAUUUGUAUACAUUAUACACCCGGAUAUGGUACUCCUUACCAGGCUAGAGGUGGAGCUUUGAACUUGCCAGGAUUAGUAAACUUUUUUGGGGGAGGAGCUUUACAUUUCAUUACAGGAAUCAUCAUGCAUCAACAAUUAUUCUUCACUUUUUGUUAUGGUUCCCGCAUCAUUUUUAUGAUGUAGUAUUCAGUGUUGCGGUAGAAAGACUAUGACCAAUGUCGGACAAGUUCAAGUAUCUGGGAUAUGUGCAACAAUAAGCUACAAGUAGAUUUUUAAUUGCAUGAGAAAGUUUCACUCUGCAUGCUACUGUUGAUGUGUGCAUUAAAGUUUUGCUUAAAUAUUGACACUAGCUUCAUUCAAACGGAAAUCCUGGAUACCCUCUUCCAAAGGAAUUAGCUUUCAUGUAUCUGCUUUGGAACUAUAAUGCUGGUGCUGUAUUCAAAAGGAAAAAUUUCUUUGCUAACAAAUAAUUAUACCUGUGCAGACAUGCAUGCUGCCUGUACUUAAGCUCAUAACUAAAUCUGUAAUCUUUGUAAAGUAUAUGGGCCAGACAAUAUUGAUAAGAUUACAAUAGAUUUGUGAGUUUUCUUUGUGAAAGCUAGCUUUCUGAAAAUUUGAUAAAUCAAAUUUUAUGGAAUGCACAUUUUUUAAAAGUUGCACAUGAUUUUGUGAUAUAUAUAUAUAGAGAGAGAGUUAAUGAAAGUACUUUUUAUUAUUGAGAUUUAAUGGAAAACAAAUGCAUUUAAGGCAAUAACCCUAGAGCACUUGAUGCUGCACAAGAAUACUGUGAUAUGCAGGUGUUAUGUGAAUUAAUAAUAAAGAUUUUUUUUCUAGUUCAUUAGGCUGAAUAAAUUUAAGAAAUGUAAUUGCAAGAAGCCUCUGAAAUGUAAAUUCAGCCUCUUUGAGUCUUUGGGUUCUUGACAGAAGUUGGCAGUGGAGUUUGAAUGACACUGCAAGUUUGUUGCCUAGGAUGUCUAAGGUAGAAUAAUUUACAAAACUGGUUAUAAAUGUCCAUAGUCACUUAGGAAUCAAAGUACACACCAAGGCUGUGUAUGAAAUCGGAAAACGUAAUUAAGACGAUUUGAAAAUGUCAACUAAGAUGUGCUCACCUGUUACAGUCUUUAUGUAUUAUGUACCAAUCAGAAAUAAUCAAGCAACAUCCAUUUUGCCACAGCAUCUGAUGGUCUGCAACAUGAGAUAUCCAUGUAGAAAUGAUAAAGAUGACUACAACAAAUGAUAGAGCCAAAUGGGUCCCUAGGGAACACCAUACUUAAUGAGAACAGGGGCAGAUAUUACAUUUCCAACACCUACCAAGUACAUAGGUUGCUUGAGGCCUGAUUUAAACCAACGGAGCACAGCCCUAAAUGUUGCUUUAUUUCUUGUUCGUAUGAUCAAUGUGAAGGGAGAGACUGGUCACCAUAGAUCUAAGAGACUCCUGCAUGAGCUUGAUGAAUCACCAUUUGAGGAAUGCUUGUAUUGACCAGGUACAGCAUUAAUCCUAAAGCGUUUAGGAUCUGCUUGCUUUGUAGAUAAUAGUGAAACAGAAUACAAACUAGACCUAGAAAACCCCUGCCCCUUAAGAACAAUCAUAUUACAUGUUGCUACCAUGCUUCAUAUGGAGAAGCACAAGUGUAGUUAAACCUGUAUAGAUUUGUAUGUUUAUGUAUACAUAAUUUUACAAUGUUCAUUUUGUGACAAUUUAGGUUCCUAGUCUUCAUGGGUGGUUCGGUGGCACAACAGUAAGCGCUUGUCACUAAUACACUAAGAGUUAGCUGUCCUGGGUUCAGCUCUUGCCUCAGGCACGCUGUUCUUUCCCUGCAUGUGGCAUCUGUUUACAGGGAUGGCUUCCUUUCCCAUGAUAUAGCCUUAGUUGCUGGCUUGGCAUAAAACAUCAAUCUUGCCCCCACCCCCUCGUCUUCACAUCUUGAGAACCAGUUGUUUUUGUUUGUUGAUCCAUUUAGAUACACAUAGCUGAUAAUGCUUUGUUAUAUGCAAAUUUGUAUUCGUAACCUAGAAUAUUAUAUCUAUUUUAAAUCUAUAUGGACAAGAGGGAUAGCUGGGUAGGAGGAAAAUGGAAGUUUAAGAUUUGUAUUUGUGCUUGAGGAUAUUUCUAUUUUUUGAGGGGUUGGGUAGGGUAAAAUCUUUUUGUUAUUUUAAUUGUUUAUCAGAUUAUUUGUAAAAUUGUUUCAAACUUCUGCCAUCUCAGGUGGUGUCUUGCUAUGCACUAUUAACUAAUUUCUAAUGGAAUGCACAUCACUUAUUCUGUAAAAUCUGUGCAGUUCACAAAAUGUAUAAGGUGUUUUACUGCAAAAAAUUUCCAUAGUUCAACACCUCGGACAUCUGCAUUGCUAAUUUGUGCAAAUUUCAAGUCUAUUUAAGAAUACUAUUAUUUGCAUUUCUUACAGAGCAGUUGUACACUAUGUACACUUUAGUAUUAAUUUUUAUCUUUUUUUUGGGGGGGGAGGAGGGGAUAAGAGGGUGGAGGAAGAUGGGGUGUUAAAGGAAAUGUUUGUUCAACAUUGUUAGCUGAUCAUGUUGACAGAUUGUUAGUCUAAGGACUAUCCAUGAUCACCUGUUCAAUCUACAUAGAUAACAGUUGGUUCUUUCCUUUGCAGAUGUUUACUAACAUAUGACAAUGCUUCACGGUAGAUCAGUCUAUAACAAGAAUAAUUUUAAGACUUGUUUGUCAAUAAACAUGUUAGAAGAUUU